AUGGCGCUGCGGUUGGAAGACGGCGCACAGGGCUGCUGUGCGAUGGACGAGGACGAGGGCACCACGUUCAUCACCCUGGACACUGCGAGCGACUGCCACGUGGGGCCCACGUCGUUCGGCGAGGGCUGCGUGAAGACAGCCGACUGCGGGCCUAAGUUGCUGGAUGCGCAGCGGAAGCCCAUCAAGAUGGAGAUGAUCGCCACCGUGCCGAUGGCGGUCGACAACGAGAACGAGGAGACGAAGGUGCUGAAGGCAGACUUCAGGCUCGGCGACACCGUCUCAAAGCCCAUCCUCUCGCUGCUAAGGCGGAACGACACGCUGGGGUUCAACGCCAAGACGUUCAAGAGGCCGCACCGACGACAGGCUGGCGAGGCUGCAGCUGCGGGGGAGCGGUUGGCUCUUCGCCUUGUGCUGCAGCGCGACGGCGUGGAGGUGGUGCUGCACCCCGACAGCCGCGUCGACGACAUUCGGGCCAGGCUGCGCGAGCUCGGGCAGCCGAUCUACGGCAGGAAAGACGAGUUGUGGACACGACUCAGCGGCGCGGAGAGGAAAAUCAGGGAGCAGCACAUGAAGAUGAAGGAGCUUGAGAGGAAGCAUGAGGCUGCCGUGGCAGGGCAGCCGAGCAUCGCCCCGCGGAUGGUCGCAGGACAUGCGGGGCCCACACCUGAGGAGCGAGCGGCGCACGAGCUGCUGCACCUCACGCGAGAUGAAUGGUGCGAGGCGCGUGCGCAGGUCACCGUCGACUUCUGCUACUUGAAGACCAACGGCGAGUGGGCCGAGAUUGGUGAUGAGGAACCUCCACCAGCGGAAAUCUUCGCAACGACGCUCGUGAUGGCCGAUAGGGACACGCUGAUGUUCAACCCGGUGUCAGUGCCGACGAAGAGUGUCACGGAGUACCUGGUGCUCAGCGCGCGCGGGUUCAUGGAGAGCAUGCACCUCACGAAGGCGGACUUGAAGAGCGACGGCGAGCCGACGAUCGCGAACUUAUGCGAGGAGGUGCGCAAUAAUAUCAAGAGCUCCAUCAAGUUGGAGCUGCAACAGGGGAACCUGAAGGACAGCGCGAGCACGGGCGCGAUCGAGGCGCCCAUCCGCUGGUUCCAGGCGAAGACGAGGACCUACAAGUUCGACCUCGAGAAGCGAUGCGGCAUGAAGAUCGCGGCGGACGACCCGAUCUGGUGCUGGAUGACGCGCUAUGUGAGCUGGGCAACGUCGACCUACAGGACGCGCGCGGACAAGAGGACCUCGCAUCAGGCGGCCAACGGGGCGACCUACAACGGUGAGAUUCUACCCUUCGGCCAGACGGCGCUGUUCAAGAUCCCGAUCUCCCACGCGAGGCAGAUCGCCGCGACGUCCCUGAAGCACAAGGGCGAGUCGAGCUGCGUGAAGGGCAUCUGGGUGGGGAAGCACAAGGAGAGCGACGACCGCGCGUUCCUCACUCCCUCGGGCUGGCAUCGAGCGCGGACGCGCAGGAGGCCGGGGCCAGCGCUGAGGGCAGACGCCGAGCUGAUGAAGGCGGCGAAGGCGCUACCUUGGGAGCCCAGGAGUGCGAAGCCGAUGGGGCUGCUACCGCGACCCCAGCGGCCAGCGCCGACGGUGGUAUUGACGGCAGCGGAGCAGCGAGCGAAGGCAGAGGCUGAGGCCGCAGCAGGGGCAGCAGCUGGCCCUGCGGAGGGCCCACCAGGGGCGCCCGCGCAGGGGGCGGCGCGCGACGACGACAGCUGGCUCGCGGACCCAGGCCCACCAGGAAAGAGGGCCAGGCCCGUGGAGGCGAUCAGCAUGGACGACCCGAUCGACUACAGCAUCCUGGACUCGAUGGUCGAGGGCGGCCACGUGAGCACGAGCGGGAUGGAACCCGCCGUGGAGCUCAAGGGCAAGCGGGAGGCGUUGGAGGUGCUGGCGCACUACCACGCGCACAAGGACAUCCCGAGGACCGAGAGCGGGCACCUGAAUAAGAUCAGGGCGCGCUGGGAGCCCCAGAUGCGAGGGGGAGUCGCGAAGUGGAGGUACGUAGCCCAGGAGUUCAAGUGGAUGGAGCAGCGGGGCGACGUGUUCGCAGUGAGCUCGUCGGCGCAGACGAGCAGGCUGGUGGACUUCGUCAGCAUCACGGAGGAGAACCACGGGGAGUUCGUGGCGGACUGCGUGAAGGCCUACUACCAGGCGGACCAGACGGAGAAGGUAUGCGUGGAGCCACCCGCGGAGUACCUGGCAAUCCUGGCGGAGCUCGGGAGGCCGACGGACAUCGCAUGGGAACUGAACAAGAUGUUCCCAGGGCAGCGCGUGGCAGGCGCUGGCUGGGUUGACGAGGCGGCGAGGACACUGAAGGGAGAAGGGUUCGAUCGCUGCGAGGCGCAGCCCCAAUUCUACUACCACCGCGGCAAGGAGGUGCUGGUCGAGGUUCGCAUGGACGAUUUCCAUGGCGAAGGGCCCAUCCGGCACCUGGAAGGGGUGAUAAAGCGGCUGCGCGAGGUCUUCGAUCUCAAGGCGACGGACUGCGACAGGUUGAGGCUGAUGAAUGGAGACGCGAUGCUGAGGCCGAGCGUCAAUCACAUCGAGGAUCUGAUCUAUGUCAUGGGCAUGGAGAAGGCGAAGCCAGCGAAGGCACCGAGCCUCACGGAGGACGAGCCGAGCUGGAGCCCCGACCUGGACGAGGUGGAGAAGAUGAAAUACCGCAGUGGCGUUGGCAUCGCGCUCUACAUCUCGCCCGACAUGGCCGACAUCCAAUGCGACGUGCAGCUGCUGACGAGAAACCUGAGCCAGCCGACUGAGUACGACAGGCGACGCCUGGUGAAACUGGGGAGGUACCUGAAAGGCACCAAGACGUACGGUGUGCUGAUGCGCAAGCCACACUCAAGCAAGCCUGGUGUGGUGAAGCUCAACAUGCACACGGACUCCGACUUCGCGGCGUGCAAGACCACCAGCAAGGCCAUGACUUGUGGGAUCACGAAGCUGGAUGGCGUGGCAUUCUCGGCGUUCGCGAGGCGGCAAGGAGUACAGGCGACAUCAUCGGGCGAGGCAGAGUUCUACGGCGCGACCUCGGUGGUGAUGGGCGGGAAGCUGGUGAAGCACGUGCUGGAGUGGCUCGGAUACCAGGUGAUCUGGGAGCUUGGCAUCGACAGCAGCGCGGCGAAGGCGAUGAUCAACAGAGGAGGUGCUGGCAAGGUCAAGCACCUCGACGUCCGCGCGCUGUGGAUCCAACAGGAGCGGAAGGUGAAUGGCCUGAACGUGAAGAAGGAGAGUGGCGAGAAGAACGUAGCGGACCUGGGGGCGAAAGCUCGCCCAGUGGCGAGGUUCGAGCACCUGAGAGAGUUGGCGGACAUCGUGGACUGCGCGGGGAUGGGCAAGCACAAGGAGCUCGAAUCAUGCAUUAUCUCGACGAGUGCAAGCUGGGCGAAGAGGAGCCUGCUCGCCACCCUGCUCGGCCAAGGGGCGACGCUCGCGACGAGCGAGGCCACCUGCGAGAAGGAGAUCGCGGAGCACACAGCGCAGCUACUUGCCAUAAUGUUCGGCGUCAUGAACGACUGGGUCGACAACUACUGGUUGCACAUCGUGGUGUGCAUCCUCGCCAUCACCCUCAUCACGGGCAUGAUGAUCGGAGUGGCACUCGCCAGCUGGAGCUGGAGGCGCACUGCCAGAUCGAGCGAGGCGCAGAGCACGUACCAGCCCAAAGGCGAGGAGCCGCAGCUGAACAAGGAAUGCAAUAAGCAACGCGUGGACAAGAUGAGCCAGGCGCCGACGACGCACAAGUGGAAGUGCGCGGCGCCGAGGUUCGCCCCGCUGCCAGGGAACAGCCAUGGAUAG